AUGCAUUUGAGAGUGACUGCAACAUUUUUGUCAUCUUUAAUAAUUGACAAUUUUGUUCCCAAAGAAUCUAGUGUCUGGAGUCAUCAGAAAACCCUGUUCACCCUUGGCCAGGGCUCAGGGUCUCGGUCUCCAUCUAUGACCGCUAAACAGCAGCACCAACCCAGUGCAGCGUCCAUUUUGGAGUCCCUCUUCAGAUCUUCGGCUCCAGGAAUGUCCACGUUUAGAGUGCUGUACAACCUAGAGGUUUUGAGUUCAAAACUCAUGCCCACGUCUGAUGAUGAGAUGGCCAAAACCAGCAGCAAAUCAUUCUGUGAAAACUUUUUGAAAGCAGGUGGUCUCAGUCUUGUAGUAAAUGUUAUGCAGAGAGACUCCAUCCCAUCAGAGGUAGACUACGAGACCAGACAAGGGGUCUACUCCAUCUGCCUUCAGUUGGCCAGGUUUCUCCUUGUGGGCCAAAGUAUGCCUGCGGUCCUGGAUGAUGAUGUGAUUCGGGAUGGGGAUGCUUUGUCUUCUCGUCCUUUCAGAAACGCCAGCCGCAGUGGGAGGCAGCUGUCUCUGUGUGCCACUCCAGAGAAGUCCUCCUAUAGACAGAUGUCCCUGUCUGAGCGCUCCUCAAUCAGAGUGGAAGAGAUCAUUCCUGCUGCUCGUGUUGCUAUACAGACCAUGGAGGUAGCAGACUUCACCUCAACUGUUGCCUGCUUCAUGCGCCUGACCUGGGCUGCAGCAGCCGGGCGGUUGGAUCUGGUUGGGAGCCCACAGCCAAUCAGGGAGACUCACAGUCUCCUGCCACAGGGGGUCCGCACCAGAGUCAGCAGCACUGGGAGUAACUGCAGUUCCAGCAGUGAAGGAGAGGCUGCACCUACAGCAUUGCAUGCAGGGAUAUGUGUCAGGCAGCAGUGUGUUUCCAAUAAAGAUGGCAUCAUCGCUCGUGAGGCCUUAUCUCUCCUGGUGACCUGUCUGCAGCUGAGAUGCCAGCAGCUCUGUUCCUUUUACAACCUUCCCGCUGUCAGUGAUUUUAUUAUUGAUAUUCUGCUGGGCUCUCCCAGUGGAGAGAUCCGUCGUGUGGCGUGUGACCAGCUGUACACUCUGAGUCAGUCCGACACCUCAGCCUUCCCCGACGUUCAGAAACCAAAUCUGUUCCUGCUCUCUGUCAUCCUCACUGCUCAGCUGCCACUCUGGAGCCCCACGUCUGUCAUGAGAGGAGUCAAUCAGAGGUAGCUCCCCCUACAGUGUCAAAGUAUAACUGCAGCAAAGUGUUGCUAUUGAUCUUGUUGUUCUUCUUAGCUGUCUCAGUGCACAGAGUACUUUGAUCUGAGAUGCCAGCUUCUGGAUGACCUGACAACUUCAGAGAUGGAUGUCAUUAAACUGAGUGCAGCAACCAUGCUGGAAGAUGAGAUCUCGUGGUUGGAUAACUUUGAGCCGAGUUGGAGCUCAGAGAUGGAGACGAGUGAAGCAGACAACGUUCUUUUGGCCGGACACCUGCGCCUAAUUAAGACCCUUCUGUCACUCUGUGGCACCGAGAAGGAACAUCUGGGCCCAUCUUUGAUCCAGCAGUUAUUAGAUGACUUCCUGUUUCGGGCUUCACGCAUUAUCAUCAACAGUUCAAACUCAAUGCAGUCUCCAGCUCCAAGCCAUGACUUCCACCCCAAGUGUAGCACGGCCAGCAGUAGACUUGCAGCGUACGAGGUGCUGGUGAUGCUCGCAGACAGCUCACUCUCAAACCUCAAACUCAUCACCAAAGAGUUACUGUCAAUGCAUCACCAGUCAGACCCUUCCCUCAGCAAAGAAUUUGAUUAUCUUCCUCCAGUUGAGAGUCGCUCUGUCUCAGGAUUUGUUGGGCUUAAAAAUGGCGGAGCGACUUGUUAUAUGAAUGCUGUGUUUCAGCAACUCUACAUGCAGCCUGGCCUUCCAGAGGCUUUCCUUUCCAUUGAGGAUGAUACAGACCAGCCAGAGGAGAGUGUUUUCUAUCAGGUUCAGUCUCUGUUUGGCCAUUUGAUGGAAAGCAAACUUCAGUACUACGUCCCUGAGAACUUUUGGAAGAUAUUCAAAAUGUGGAACAAAGAAUUAUAUGUGCGGGAACAGCAGGAUGCAUAUGAGUUUUUCACCAGCCUCGUAGACCAGCUUGAUGAGCAUCUCAAGAAAAUGGGCCGAGAACAGAUCUUUAAAAACACAUUUCAGGGAAUCUUCUCAGAUCAAAAGAUUUGUAAAGACUGCCCACAUCGGUACGAACGUGAGGAAACAUUCAUGGCCCUUAAUCUUGGCGUAACGUCUUGUCAAAGUUUAGAAAUCUCUUUAGACCAGUUUGUCCGAGGAGAGGUGCUAGAGGGCAGCAAUGCUUACUAUUGUGAGAAAUGCAAAGAGAAGAGAACCACAGUAAAGAGGACCUGUAUUAAAUCCUUACCCAGUGUCCUCUGCAUUCAUCUGAUGCGCUUUGGCUUUGACUGGGAAAGUGGUCGCUCCAUCAAAUAUGAUGAACAAAUAAGGUUCCCGUGGGUGUUAAACAUGGAGCCAUACACUGUCUCUGGGAUGGCCCGACAGGACUGCAGCGGAGAAGGAGGAGAGGGCAAAGGUGACGCAUCAUCUGGGAGCUCGCCACGGAAAAAAGUCACAAUCUCUGAGAACUAUGAACUUGUGGGGGUUGUGGUGCACAGCGGUCAAGCACACGCUGGUCACUACUAUUCAUUUAUCAAAGACAGACGCGGCAGCGCUCGUGGACGGUGGUACAAGUUUAAUGACAAUGUGGUGGAGGAGUUUGACAUGAACGAUGAGUCUCUGGAGUAUGAGUGCUUUGGAGGAGAGUACAGACCUAAAGUGUACGAUCAGUCCAACCCCUACCCGGAUGUGCGGCGGAGGUACUGGAACGCCUACAUGUUGUUUUAUCAGAAAAUCAGUGACCAGAACUCACCGGUGUUACCAAAGAAGAGCAGAGUCAGCAUCAUGAGACAAGAAGCAGAGGACCUGUCACUGUCUGCCCCGUCUUCCCCCGAUGUCUCACCCCAGUCCUCCCCUCGUCCCCCCAGAGCCAACAAUGAUCGCCUCACCCUCCUCACACGCCUCGUCCGAAAGGGAGAGAAGAAAGGCCUGUUUGUGGAGAAGAUGCCUGCCAGCAUCUACCAGAUGGUGAGAGAUGAGAAUUUAAGGUUCAUGAGAAACAGAGAUGUCUACAACAGCGACUACUUCAACUUUACCCUCUCACUGGCGUCCGUCAAUGCUACAAAGCUGAAGCAUCCAGACUACCAGGCAAUGGCCAAAGAGAGUCUCCAGUUGUCUGUCAACUUCCUCUUCCACACUUACCUACACACGAAGAAGAAACUGCGAGUGGACACAGAGGAGUGGAUGGCGACAGUGGAGGUGCUGCUGUCCAAGAGCAGCGAGGCGUGCCAGUGGAUGGUCCAGUACCUCGUCAGCACAGAGGGACGAGAAAUCAUCAGGGUGUGUUUGUUGGAGUGCAGUGUGAGGGAGGUGCGAGUGGUGGUUGCGUCCAUCCUGGAGAAGACUUUGGAAAGUGCCAUAUUCUUCGCUGAUCCAGGACUGGACAAUCUGACCGACGCCCUCCUGUCGCUGCUUGACAAAGAUGUUCCAGAGAAUGUGAAAAACUGUGCUCAGUACUUCAAUCUCUUCAGUAACUUUGCCCAGAGGGGUUGUGGUCCUUGUCAGUUACUGUUGAAACACUCAGCAUAUCGGCGAAUGCUCAUCUUCUUACUGGGUCCAAACAGACAGAACAACCAGAACCGCCGUUGGAGUCCAGCUCAAGCUCGAGAGUUUCUUCACCUCCACAGCACCCUGGCUCUAAUCACUCUACACUCUGACCUCAGCCCACAGAGAACUCAAGCCCCAGGGAUGUUUAAGCCACUUGCCGGGACUGUGUCAUCCUCCACCUCUCUGCUGCCUCUUCACUCGGACAUCCUAGCCUCUCUGUUCACUCCAGAGGGGCAGCCAUAUCUGCUAGAGGUGAUGUUUGCAAUGAGGGAGUUGAGCGGUCCUCUGUCUCUGCUCAUAGAGAUGGUGACCUACUGUUCAUACUGUAAUGAGCCCUUCUCACUGGGAGUGCUGCAAUUACUCAAAACCCAGCUUGAGUCGGCUCCACCUCAUGAACUGAAGAACGUGUUUCAGAUGCUGCAAGAGUUAUUGGUAGUGGAAGAUCCUCUACAAGCUCAACGACUAAAAUAUGCAUUUGAAUCAGACAAAGGCCUUUUAGCUUUGAUGCAUCAGAGCAACAAUGUGGACAGUCGUCGCUGCUAUCAAUGUGUGAAGUUCCUGGUCACGUUAGCCCAGAAGUGUCCUCAGGCCAAGGAUUACUUCAAGGAGUUGUCUGGUCACUGGAGCUGGGCUGUGCAGUGGCUACAGAAAAAGAUGACAGAGCAUUACUGGACUCCACAGAGCAAUGUCUCCAAUGAAACUUCUACCAACAAAACUUUCCAGCGUACCAUCUCUGCGCAGGACACACUAGCGUAUGCUACAGCUCUGUUAAAUGAGAAGGAGCAGUCUGGCAGCAGUAAUGGCUCUGAUGGGAGUCCAGCCAAUGAGAACGCAGACCGCAGCCUCAGACAGGGAUCAGAGUCUCCCAUGAUGCUCGGCGACUCCAAAAGCGAUCUUGAAGAUGUAGACCCGUAGUUUUGUUUAGACCCACGAGGAUCCACAACUCUUCAGAGGCGGCCACUCCAAAAGAAGAAAAAAAAAAAAAACAUCAAAAACUAAAUACAAACAUGGGUGAACCUCGCCUCUUAUUGGUCCGGACACUUUGGACCCUUCACUUCGCAAAACCAACCAGAACUGUCUGUUUUGGUCGCUAUGGUAACAAAGGAGCUAUGAAUAAAUCCCAAAAUGAGUUGCUUUCAGACAAGAAGCUGGUUGAUGGAGUUGCAUUAUCAUAAGGGGCAGCAAGAGUUCGAUAACAAAGAAGUACAAGGCUCCGGAUGAAUUCAGUUGAUCCUUUUUAUUCACUCAUUGUCUCCGAAUGAAAGCAGCAAAGGGAGGAGGCAGAGGAUGGAUGGGUCUGGGUUGUGUUUUAACAAUUGUCUGCUCAUAUUUGCCAAUUAUACAUAUCUACAUAGACAUAUUCAAAUUGUAAAGACUUGUUCCAUAGUUGUAAUUUCCAAUGUAAGAUAUAUUUUAAAAGUCUUGUGUGCUCUUCCUCACACAGCCAUACAACUGUCUUCACGUUAGCCGCUCGAGAGGAACCUGACAUUGACUUCUUAGGUGCACUUGUACAGGAAAUACCUCCAAAACACGUGAGCACUUGGGACUGGGGUAGGCUUAUGUAUACGCACUUUACGCUCCGACCCAGAAUAUGGUGCAGCACUGGUCAGGUCCUCAAGAGCUUCCUAUUAUGUUAUGUGGUCUUCUUUUUUUGCUUUUUUUUUUUUUUUUUUUUUUUUGCUUUUAUGAUCAAUUCAUUUCAGUGCCACAAUCCAAACUCGUUGAAGCCCUGAUAGCUAGCCAGUUUGCCUGUGUGGCUUGACUCUUGACCUUGGCUAGUUUUGGGGCACUGGUCUUUCCCCAUAGCAUAGCAGUGCCCCGGUGGUCAGCAAUUUGGGUACUGUUUGCUGACUGGCCUUCUUUUUCGAGCUGGUUUUUAGUGCUGUGUUUUAUUAUUUUUGUUGCCAAUCUCUUUUCUCUCUUGAAGGAGUUUAGGGACAUGAGCCUUAUGCAAGAAAAGCUGAUCGCAAAGUGCAACAGAUCAGCUGCCUGUUUUACUUUUUUAGGUGCCAAGGUUGUAUACACUCAACACAACACUUGUUAAAAUCUUGCACAUUUACAGACGUACAUGACAUCACUUCAUCCGCAUCGCUUUACAGUUACCUCUGCUUGGUCUGAUUUUGAGUUUUUUGCCUUUUUAAUUUUGCCACACAAAGACACACGCACACACCAACACACAUGCACGCACACAUACAUGCAGAGGAGCCACAUGUAGCCAGAUUUCCUGAACAACUUUUCGAGCCAGUCGGGAGUCUUCAAGUGCCUUAUUCUCCCGAAAUAUCGCCUCUUUCUCCGCUCUACACCACCACGGUCUCUGUAUUAUCAUCAAUUAGCCGAAACAGGGAACUUAGUAACAUGUGUUGUGACACAGGAUUGUAGGGAUCUUGAACUCACUGUGUAUGGGAUGGGGGCAUAGGCGGUACCCUAUUAAAAAAAAAAAAAAACAGGGUUAGAUGUUAGGACAGGGUUUGGUAAUGGGAAUACAAUGCUGCUUCUUUCUCUAUCGCUGUUAAAUUAAAGGGGAACCAUGCAACUUUGCUUAAUUUAUCUGUUUAUUUUUCUCAUUUCAAGGAUGUGAGCAAAAUGUUACUUCAUACUACUUCUAUCCAUCCCCAUCUUUCAGUUUAUCAAAUCAAUUUAUAAAAUACUGAAAACCAUACACUAUUUUUGACAGGGACUAAAUCAAUCUAGACUAGAACUAAACCAGAACUAAACUAAGCAAAUAAUUAAAAUGUCUUACAAUUUCCAGAAGGGGGCCAUCACAUUGACUCCAUAUCUCAGUUUAUAGUAAAUAUUUCCAUGGUUCCCCUUUAAAAGCCUCACUCUUACUUUAUGGAAUAUAUUAAUUGAUUUUGCUCAGCUUUAACAGGUCAAUGUUUACAAUAUGAGGACCUAUAAAGCAGUCAUGCAUUAUGGUUUGGGUUUUUCCGCUUCUUGCUGUGAGAUCUCUGAGCCUAAGGAGAUGUCAGACGCUUUUGCACCCUCUCUCUUUCUCUCUUGCUCACUCCACGCCCAUGUCCUCCAUAGAAGUGAAUGUCAUUGUGCUUUUUGGCAUGUUUGCAUGUGUGGCAGUAAGAAGUGGCAAAGAAACAACCGUCUUACUCUGUGAAAAAUCUGUUCUUUUUCUGUCUUUCUUGCUGUGAUUUUGUCAUGAACACUUACUGUCACAGAAACAUGCCCUUUCUCUGAUUUAGUACAAACGGAUGGAGCUGCAUGUAGUCUGUGCCAACCAUGCAUACAGUACAUUGGUCACAUUUACCCCAAAUCUCUCCUCUAGGUUUGCCCUCUGCCCUCAACAACCACAGCCACAUAAUGAAAAUUGACAAACUUUAUCAAAAAAUAACAAUCGUAUCUUGUUUUAAUCCGGGGAUGCAGGGAGGGAUAUGGGAAGUGUGUGGGUUGGGAUCGGCAUCUAUACGGGUUUUUACUGUCAUUUGAAGAUUCACUUCUGCCAUUGCAGGAUUCUGUAUUGCAUGUUAAGACUCAAGUUUUAAUUUGUACAUCAGAGUUUGAUUAAGGGGGAAUUUGAUAUAAAAUAAACUGGAAUGCACAA